AUGUGCACGGGCGGCCGCCAAGAGCGGCGGGGAGGGGGCGAGGAGGCGGCACCAGUAGAGGAAGCGAGGGGACCCACAAUAGCGCAGGAGCAGGUUCGCCCCUUGCACUGCAUGGUCCCAAUCGUCGACAACAAAGGCCACGACGGCGUCGAGGAGGCGCUGAUGCUUGGCGACGACCUCGUUUACGAUGCGCUCGAUGAAAGCCGGGGUGCCCAUCGGGGCGGACAGGAGGAUGAUCCCUUUCGUAGACGCGCGCACACCUCGGCUCGUGAUGGCCGUCGGAAGGUCAGCGGCCGAGCGCCAAUGCGGAGACCACGCAUGGCACUUAUCCAGCCGCAGCACCAAGUUGAUAGCGCGGAAUUCAACGGCGGCGGCCGUCAGAAAGAAGGGGACGUCCCAUUCAUCCAUACCCCCCAGCCCGUCAUCCAUGAAGCUUCCGACAAGCGCAGCCGGGAACUGCUCCUGCAGUCGACGGAGUGCCGGCUGCAAGGCGAGGCAGACAAGGAAAGGGCCCGCCACAUCGCCCUGCUGUACGCCUUGACGGCUGUAGAUGGUCUCGACGCGCCCGUCCUCCAUCGUGUACCACAGUGGCGCAGCUAUGCCGUAGAACUGCCAAAUUGCAAGGAAGCUGCGGAGGCGGUUUCUGAGCAUGUGAGCGUGUCAGGCAUGUUGCCUUGACAUCACCCAUGCCCAUGGGUACCAAGCGCGGCACAAAGUUCGCCAGAUUCUGAAGGUCACCUUCUCCCACCCGACGCACAGCGCCACAGCCAGACCGCCUGACGCCAAGCUGUGUCGGCCACAUUGUAGCCCACGACAACAGCAAUCAACCGUCCAUAGACAUCAAGUCCCUGCGCGCCUCCCCUCCUUCUCAAAUCGGCGAGCAGCUCCCAGCAAACACUCACUCGUGACGAUUUCACUCUUCGUCAGCCCGCCGGCACUCAAGAACCACACCACUACAACGCCCUCGGCACGCCGCACACGGUGAGCGGUCACACAAGGGGUCAGCUGAGAACACGUCACAGACGAACACACAUCCUCUCUCAUGUGUUGGAUUCACUUACCCAUUGAUUUCUCCUGAUGCAGGUCAUCAUGGCGCUGGUUCAAGGUGGCAUCAUAGAGCGCACUCAAUGACUCACAGCCUCACGUAAGCGCAAGCCACCAUCUCACUCACACAUCGACCUUCACCCAUAUUUGUACCACUUAAAGACAUUGGAUGGUUCUUUUCUCCCGACUGACCAUGAGUCCUCCCAUCGCGAUCGCACAUGAUUGACGUCCGCUGAGUGCUCCACCAUAGACGGUAGGCAGCGAGGGAGGGCGAGGCAAACUCAUCCAAAUAUGUACAGACACAGAUACACAUGUAUAUACAUAUGACUCAUGUAUGUAUGGAUUUGUGUUCUCUGUGUGUGUGUGUGUGGUGUCAUUACCCAUCCAGGUGGUGCCAUUGUACAGCUGAGCGGCCCCUCUUGUAG